GUGGAGCACAGGGGUUUGUACACAAGGACACCCCUCUCUCCCUCCAUCUUUCUCCACCACACACACACACACACACACACACACACACACACACACACACACACACACACACACACACACACACACACACACACACACACACACACACACACACACACACACACACACACACACACACACACACACACAAUCGCACACUCAUUCGGCCACACAUACAUUAGAGACCCAGGUGCUCGUGCGGUUCACAGCUAGGAUGCUGAGCCUGCUGAGGGCGACUUCGCAGCCUGUUACUCUGGGCCGGGCUAAAGGGAUUCUGCAGGAGAGACGCUCCAGUAUCUACAGCAAGCCUCCCAAGCACAAGAUUGGAGCUGGGCAAAGUUUCUUCAUCAUGUCUGUGUUCGCUACGGCCAUGCUGCUACCUGCUGGCUGGAUCCUUCACCAUCUCCCUGAAUACCGCAAAAGACCCCGGCCUCCACCCUCAUAGGAGAGCUGGAGCAUCCCUCUCCUACCACCCAUCGUACUCAGUAAACCCUGGCUGCUUCUGAAGCCUUAUUCACCUCCACCAGAUGUACCGAAUUGUUAGAGCCAUCAGAUGGAAAAUGCCUAAUGGAUGCAUUAAUCAACAUUGUAAUGGAUGCUAUGCCCACUUCCAGUCACACUAAAAGAACGACCUCUCAAUUAAAGAAAAAAAAACCUUGGGGAGAAAGCUGUCCAAUACGUUUACUCAUACAUUCUUGGCCAGUGAGUGAAAGAUUGCAACAGUGGUAUGUCUCGGUGUUUAAGGCCUUGGAAAUGGGGCCCCUAUUGUCACUGCAGUGCUCACUUGCAGUGACACGUACAAUGUAAACAACUGCUAAUGCAUUUUUCACUGUCAAUAAACCUGUGAACCUG